GUUUAGCACUCUGCCCGCUGCAGAGACUUAGCUCGAUCGAUCAAUUCAUCUCAUCGUCCAUGGCGCCCAAGGUGGCGGUCACGGAGGCGACGGGGCGGCAGGCGGCGUCGUUCGUGCUCGGCUGCGUGGCCACGCUCACCGUCAUGCUGCUCUUCCAGUACCAGGCGCCGCCGGACUACGGCCGCGCCGCCAGGUCGCCGGUGCAGUUCUCCACCUCCAGAGACCAGCUGCUGCUGCACUGCGGCGGCAAUGGAACGGCGCCGCCGCCGCCGGUGAUCGCACGUGGCGGCGAGGAGGCUAACAUCACCGGCAAGCCUCCGACGACUGCUACUGCUGUCGCCGAGGAGCAGCCGCCAACCAAGCCUCCUGCGACCUCUACUGCAUCUUCACCAACUCAUCAUAUUCCAGCAACCAGUACAGAUCUUGAAGAAGAGGGCGGCGAGUUCCGGGGGUUGGCGGCGGCGGUGGCGCGGGCGGCGACGGAUGACCGGACGGUGAUCAUCACGUGCGUGAACCACGCGUUCGCGGCGCCCGACUCGCUCCUGGACAUCUUCCUCCAGGGCUUCCGCGUCGGCGACGGCACGCCGGAGCUCCUCCGCCACGUCCUCGUCGUCGCCAUGGAUCCCACCGCGCUCACCCGGUGCCGCGCCGUCCACCCCCACUGCUACCUCUACACCAUGCCCGGCCUCGACGUCGACUUCACCUCCGAGAAGUUCUUCGCCUCCAAGGACUACCUCGAGCUCGUCUGGAGCAAGCUCAAGCUCCAGCGCCGAAUUCUCCAGCUCGGCUACAACUUCCUCUUCACGGACGUUGACAUUGUGUGGCUGAGGAAUCCGUUCAAGCACGUGGCGGUGUACGCGGACAUGGCGAUCUCGAGCGACGUGUUCUUCGGUGACCCGGACAACAUCGACAACUUCCCAAACACGGGCUUCUUCUACGUGAAGCCGAGCGCGAGGACGAUCGCCAUGACCAAGGAGUGGCACGAGGCGAGGAGCUCGCACCCGGGGCUCAACGAGCAGCCGGUGUUCAACCACAUCAAGAAGAAGCUGGUGAAGAAGCUGAAGCUCAAGGUUCAGUACCUGGACACGGCCUACAUCGGCGGAUUCUGCAGCUACGGCAAGGAUCUGAGCAAGAUCUGCACCAUGCACGCCAACUGCUGCAUCGGCCUCCAAUCCAAGAUCAGUGAUCUCAAGGGUGUUCUUGCUGACUGGAAGAACUACACCAGGUUGCCACCCUGGGCAAAGCCCAAUGCCAGGUGGACUGUGCCUGGUAAAUGCAUCCAUUGAUUUUGAUUGUCGAUCGGGCAGUAUCUGGUGUUGUAGGCUACGUACAGUCAGGAAGAUAGCUUUAUUUGCACAUGAAAGGGCGAAUUUUGUUUUUUUUGGUUUGUUGUAGAUUGAUGGGUCGAUUUCAAGUUAUAUUACUGUAUACCUGACGGCAGACAAGUAUACGCAUGAUGGGCAAACUAUAUGAUAUGAUAUGAUAUGAUAGUACUUUAGAUGUAAAGA